CUGGAAACCAACAGGAAAAAAUAAAAAAUAAAAAAUAAAAAAACAAAAGCAGGAAAAAGGUGAGGACACUAAGCACAGAGAGAGAGAGAGAGAGAGAGAGGGAGGAGGGUCAAGAUUCCAAGAAAGGCUGAAGAGAAAAAUCUAUAUUGUAGUAGCAGACGACCUUCGCUUCUUCCUUCCUUCAUUCUCUCUCCGAGAUCAUUCCGUUGCAGAGACAGAGAAGGGGCGACGGCCAGGCGAUGGGAAUCGUAACUCAGGAGGCGAUCGAUCAGCUCCAAGCACUCAUGGAGGACCAAGUCGACGAAUCAUUCAAAACAACUUUCCAGAUUUGAUUCCCUAAAGCUCAAGGAUGCAUUAUUCAGAUUAACUGGAGAGGUCCAAGUAUUCAAGAUUUAUCUGCAUAUGUACAGAUCUUGAGCAAAAGAAAACAUUAGUUUUGUUGAGAGGCCCAAAUAAUGUACAUGAGAGGCGAUUUUUCGUCUUACAUCUGUUGGUUCUGCAUCCUGCUUGGAUUUAAAGCAAUUCAGAAUCGUUAGAGAUGUCCCCUCUCCAGAAUAUUCAUCAGGGUCGUCCAGCUGAUACUUUGGCCCGUUUCCUCAAAGCAAGAGAAGGAAAUGUCACCAAGGCCCACAAAAUGUUGGUUGAUUGUUUGAAGUGGAGGGUUGAGAAUGAGAUAGAUUAUAUUCUAGAGAAACCCAUUGUUCCUGCUGUAUAUAGAGCAAUACGUGAUUCGCAUCUUAUAGGAUUAUCAGGUUACUCAAGAGAGGGCCUUCCAGUUUUUGCUAUUGGUGUAGGACUCAGCACAUUUGACAAGGCAUCAGUCAAUUACUAUGUUCAGUCACAUAUUCAGAUCAAUGAGUAUCGGGAUCGUGUCAUUUUGCCUUCUGCUACAAAAAAAUAUGGAAGGCAUAUUAGCAAAUGUUUGAAGGUUUUCGAUAUGACUGGUCUGAAGCUUUCUGCAUUGAGCCAAAUCAAGUUGUUAACCAUUAUUUCUACAAUUGAUGACCUGAACUACCCGGAGAAGACACUUACUUACUACAUUGUGAAUGCUCCAUAUAUAUUUUCAGCAUGUUGGAAGGUUGUGAAGCCUCUUCUGCAUGAGAGGACCCGCCAAAAAGUGCAGGUAUUGUCAGGAUGUGGACAAGAUGAUUUGUUGAAGGUAAUGGACCAUGCAUCCCUCCCACAUUUUUGCAGAAGAGAAGGCUCUGGAUCUUCCCGACAUGCAAGUGACAAUUGCUUUUCCUUGGAUCAUUCCUUUCAUCAAGAGCUCUACAAUUACAUUAAGCAGCAAUCCGCAAUGCGCAAACCUGUCAGACCAGUCAAACAGGGAUCUGUUCAUGUGGCUUUGCCAGAGUCGGGUUCGGAAGAUAUGGAUAUUGGCAAGGCCCUGGAAUCUGAGUUACAGAAGUUUGACAAUCAGCAUAAGCUCAAUGGCUCGUUAGAGGACCUAAAAAUCAACCAUGACUAGAAAUAGGGAUCUUCAUUUCGUAUGUCCUGUCUCUAUCCCUGUCUCUCUCUCUCUCUCCAACACCAGGUGCAAGAGGACUUGUGCACUGGUAGAGAUCUGCAGUUACAGUGAAUAUGGCGGUUGCUGCAGUAGCUACCUCAAAGAGAGGUUUCCCGGGGAGGAUUGGAGAAGCUGUAAUGGCUUGUGUUAAGCUUAGAAUGUUAGGUGGGUAAUCAACAGUUUGUUCGCUGGCAGCCUAAAAUAUAUGGGCAGAGAACGGUAGGUAGCGUUGUUCUGUGUACUAAACUAAUUUAGUAGCUAAUAAUUAAUGUAAUCUGUAUAGAGAAGUUCAAACUGUUGCAAGGCAUAGGUGAAGUGUUAAAGCUCCAACCGGCUCCUGACUAAGUUCAAUUGAUGAUUGAUCUCUUUCCCCUAUCUUGGUGCUAGCAGCAGCAUGUUCAAAUGGGACCCAGAAAACGUGGAUCCAACAUCUUGGGAUGUUCAAUGAAAUUCAGAGCCCAUUGAGCUGUGCAGAACAAGGCAGCUGUCUUUUCUUUUCUUUUUUUUACUUUUUUUGACAAAAGAACUUUUGAUAAUAAUAUUGAUGUCCUGGAAAUUGCACCCGUAUCCGGUUAAAAAGCAGGCAUUGGAGUAGAAAUGGAUUUGAACCAAGAUGAAAAGGCAAGGAAGUCGCUCAAAAUCAAGCAGGUGAAGACCCACUCGGUCAAAUGAUCGAGUGAGUGGGGAGCCUUUCUCCCCAAAAAGACAUGACUCACUCGGUCAUAUGAUCAAGUGAGUAGGGGGCCCUUAUCCUUCUCUCUCUUCUAUCCUGCAAGGCAUGUAGAAGCUAGGCCACUCGGUCAAAUGACGGAGUAGGUGUCACUCACACCUCAUUCCUCGGAUACACUAUUACGGUCGUAAAACUCUUGGAAUGGGCCCCAAAGCUCUCGAGACAGUUGCGAAACUCUUAGGAUAGGCUACGAAACCCUUGGGAUGAGCCCUGAGACUCUUGAGAUGGCCACCACGUGCUCUCUAUUUCUCUUCUCUAUAAAUAAGAGGCUCCGCCCCCUACCUUAGGUACGCUCUCUCUGGUACUUUGAAUACACUCUUGUGCUUUUGCUCUCGAGAACUGAUUUAAGUAUCGGAGGGUUUGAGCGGGGACACUCACCUGCGCCCCUAACCGUGCGUUCGUCUUACAGGUCACUCGGUCCUCAAGAGUCACUCGGUCAUCAGAAAGUCUUCCAUCAGAUUCAAAAAAGUCUCUCGUUUAUUAGGUCUCUCGUUCAAAAGAUCCUGAAAGUCUCUUAUCACUUAGUAUACACAAGACUCUUAAGACACUUGGUGACGAGACUCGUAGGACUCUCAAGACACUUAGUGACGAGACUCUCAAGACUUUCAAGACUCUCAGGAUCCCCGGGACUCAUUAAGACUCUAUACUCUUGAGAUUCUCGUGAUACACAUUGUAUUCUCCCAUGAUUAAAAAUAAAUUGUUGUAUUUUGGCAACAACAAUUGACGUCGUCUGUGUGAAGAAAGAUAAAAAGUCAACUUAAAGUAUGGCAAACACCCGUAGACAUGGACAAACUCUCUCUCAAGACGUAGAAACACGCUCACUUCCACGGGACUCCCAGCAAUAGGGAGCACACUCACCUCCACGGGACUCUCACCCAUAGGGAGCACCUCCACCUCCUCCAAACUCAGCCACAAGGAGAUGCUUGCACUACUCCCCUGAAUCCACAGGUGGGGUACCAGCUAGCCCCGCCUCCGCUUAACAUCGGCUCACAGGCAUACCCCACUAAUUAAGCUAGGACUUCGCGACAGUCGCUGCUUAUGGUCUCGUGGGAUGAGUAUGAAGCCUUAAGACAACAACAUGUUGAAGGUAUGCAAUCACUUCGGGACAUGGCUCGGAUACUCUAAAGCAUGAUGCUUGGAGGGACACUACUCGAUAGCUUGAGAAGGUUUAUGCUGGAACCUAUGCAACCAUAUGAGUCUCAGCCUGAUUUGGGAGCCGAUUCCAAUCAGGAAGCCACUCCCGACUCUCAUUCUUAGUCUUCUCAUUGUCGGGAGAAUAGGCCGAGAUCACCACCGCCACGGAAGAAUCCCCAUGCUGCGCCCAAAAGAAAUGAUAAUCUGUGAAUGAAGGAUGGAGCGAGGAGACCACAAAAGGGGAGGUACCAUGAAAUCGUGGCCAAUAUGCCAACGAGGGGAAGACAAGAUAACCAAAUAGCAGCAAGUAUACGGGAUGAUAUGAAAAUGGUAGUUGAAGAGGUACUUGAACGGAAGAAAUUAAUCCCAGCCGUAGAGGAACAACAACGCACAAAAUUUUCCUUUACUACAGAUAUAUUAGAGAAGCCAUUGCCUAGGAAAUUCAAGAUGCCCCAAGUCGCUCCCUAUUUCAGCAAGGAUGAUCCUUACGAUUAUAUUCAAAACUACGAGUCAUUAAUGUUAUUGCACGAAUGGGACGAUGACAUAAUGUACUGGGCCUUCUUUCUAACUCUAACAGGACAUGCUCGAACUUGGUUCAACAGUUUACCUGAGGCCUCUAUCUCAUCGUUUGGGUAGCUUAUAACAGAAUUUAUUAAGGCCUUUGUAAUUAACAGUUGAAGGAAAAAAGAUGCUACAUACUUACUCAGUAUUAGACAGGGGAAUAAAGAAAUUGUGUCAGUAUGUGGACAGAUUUCAAAAUGUCACUCUCGAAGUUCACGAUUUGCUGGUUGAGGUGGCAGUGUCUGCCAUGCUCCAUAGGACACGUCUAACCUCACUUCAGAAGUCAUUAUCCCUGGACCCCCCAACGUCCCUGACAGACUUGUUCAUUAGAGCAAACUGAUACAUCCUCCACAUUGAGAUCAUGAGAACUAUGGGGGGGGGGGGGGGGGGAAUAAAGACAAGGAGCACGAAGGAGAAGAAGACUCUAUCCGGCAACAUGAGUGGGCUAGGACAAUAGAUGCACCUAGACUUCAGUUUAAUCACUACACCAGGCUUCUGCAGCCUCGGUCAGCCAUACUUGCGGCAAUAGAGAGGGUAGGUCUCCUCAAGUUACCUCAUAGAGUUGGUAAACCCAUGGGAAGAAAUCAAGAAGAAUAUUGCAGGUACCACAGUGUAAUAUCCGGUAUUACAUGGUAUUGAAAAUAAAUAAAUUUGGAUUAUUUUGGUAAGACCUCGGGUGGUCCGGAAAGCCUAAGGGUCAAUCUCGAUAAACUAAUUAAUAAAAUUACCGAAUUGGCGACCGGGAGUGCCUCUGGACUUGGAUGUCCAGGGAAGGGGGCAAGAGAUUGGUGAGCAUCUUGAGAUGAGGAUAAUGACGCUGGAAGCAGUCCGAUCGGGAAUAAUUUUCGAAUUUAAUUCUGUAUAAGCUCGAAGGGGUGCAAAUACCGAAUAGUCGCAAGGGACUUCCGAGAAGCUGAGGGGACCCUAGGGGUGGUCCGAUUUUGCGAGUAAGGCAACCCUGAAGCGUCUUCGGGUCAAAUAGAGGUCCCACGCAGGCGUAGGGACAAAAUCGAUAUUUCUGAUUAAGUGUCGGUAAAUAAUUUUGAGAAAAUCAAUAAUCUAAUUGGCUUGAGGGUAAUUAAUUUAGGUCUUGGAGGGCCCAAAUGAUAUUAUUGAAAGUCUUAAGUGUAAUUAGUAGAUUCCCAAGUGAGAUAAUUAAGAAAAUGGGGGAUUAAGAGUGUAAUUAAAUUAAAUAUGUAAUUAUAUAUAUAUAUAUAUAAAUAGGCGUGAGGAAGCUUCCUUGAAGCUUCACGCCUCUGAUAUUGAAAUGGCCGAAAUAAUCAGCUCGUGUAAGGUGGAGAAGUGGCCGAGAGAAUGAGAUUAAGAGGGGCAAAUGAGGGAUUUUGGAAAUUACUUAGAUUUUAAGGGGAUGCGCGAGCUUGCUGGGCAAGCUUCCACAGUACGCCCCCCUUGAAAUUUUGAACCAGAAAGCUCACAAGAGAAAGCAUGAUAGCAAGACCGAGAGAGAUCGAGGCCGCGAGGGUGGCCGACCGAUGAUCGAGCAGCAAGCAGCGAUCAAAAAGCAGGGGCGCUGCAGGUAGCGAGUGGCCGGAAGAAAAAGCCAUUGUGAUGGCUGCCAUGGCCGAUGCAAGGCGGAGCAGAGGCGGACCAGCGAGGGCGCGGUGGAGCUCGUGGGGGGGGGGGGGGAGACUCGCGGUGGCGCACGACAGCUGCUUGGGUGCUUCGAUGGUCGGCUGAUUGACCAUCACUGAUGGCAGCGAAGGUGUGUGCAGGCUGCACGAGGGAGGCCACCAUGGCUACUCGCGAAGGCAGCGGCCAAGGUGGAUGAGGCCGGUACCUGUGGCGGCAGUGCGGCAGCUAGAGGUGGCCGGCCUAUGGCCGGAGGAGAUGGCAGCCCGAGCAGUGGCGGUGGCCGGCUGCGUGGGCGCACGCAAGAGGUGGAAGAUGAUGAACAGGAACCGGCUGCGCGCGGGAAGGAAGAAGCAGGGAAGAAGAAAGAAAAUAAGGAGAAAAAAAAAAGAAGAAAUAGAAAAGAAAAGGAAAAAUAGAAAAAGAAAUAAAAAGAAAAUAUGAAAAAACAGGAAAAAUUCCAGAAAAAUGGGGGAAAGUUCCGAAAAUUAGUUUGGGGCUUGAAGAGCGUGUUAGAAGCUCAAAAAUGGAAUUUUGGGCGCGAGCGGCAGCUCGGGAGGCAACGUCGGCAUGGGCGUUUUUUUUUGAAUUUCUCUCUAGAUGAGUCGAGGUAAAUUAAUAUUUUCUUCCCAAGUUAUUUACAUUAAGUGAGUUAAUGUAAAAUAGUUAUUUGUUGGAUUAAACCCUGGGUCGGGGUUGUUUGGAAAUUAUUAAACGGCUGAUGUAUGCCGUGGUUGGUUGUUUGGAGAUAGUGUUGAUGGUGAUUUUGCGAUGUGUGGCGAAAUUGAGGGCAUUGGGUUAAUGCUGGAUGUUAAUGAAGUUGGGUUUUUUGUGUGUUUGCCUCCAGGUUCGACCGGGAAGGCGGUGAGCCUAGAAGAGCUCGGAGUUCGGGCUGACGUUCUCGCCCGAAGCAGAGUUGAGGCUUCGAGCCAGGUAAGGGACGGCCCCAUGUGGAGGUGGCCUUGCAAGUUGAUAAAUGUGUUUGAUAAUGUAUUUAUGUUGCAUUGGCAUGUAAUGAUUAUAUCUUGUGUGAUGCAAGACCUAGUGGACCGGUGGCCAUAUGGAGGACUAGUGUGGUGGGGGCUGAUAGGUUGAUGCCUCAAAGCUUAGUGGGUUGUGAGGAUGAGUGGAUCUAGCCUCAUUUGCAUGCAUUUGGCAUACAUAAACAUGAUUAUAUUCAUAUUUACAUGCAUUGUACCCUUACUGAGUCUUUAUGACUCGUGAGAUUUUACCUCAUGUGUAGAUGAUGCAAGUCCAGAUGCAAGCAGGGAUGGUGCCGGGAGGCUGUUGUGGCAAUUAACCUGUUGCCUGAGAUGUGUUGUUGUGUAAUCUCCUGUAAUUUUUAUAUGUAUUCAUGUAAUUGAAUGUAAACGAUAUUGAGCACUAGAUGUAUUUAAUUGUUGAAAUCA